AUUAACUAUUUUGGCAUCUAUAUAUUUAGUUGUUUAUAAAAUUUGAUUCGAUGAGUAUGUUUUCUACUUGUCCGCUUCACAUAUCCAAUUGUAAUCGGUUUUUUAAGUAAAGAGAGAAAAAAAAAGGACAGCAUCAUAUAUUAACAGAUUAUGAUUUCAUGACACAAUGCAUUAUAAAGAUUGAGAUCAAUUAAAAUCCCCUAAAUUCAUUCCAUGUUAUUCAACAAAUAUCACUGAUUUGAUAUGCAUGGAUUAUCUUUCUAAAAAUUUCGUUGAUUAUAAAUAUCACAAAGUACAACCUUUUUUCUUACUCAUAAAAACAUUGUUAACUAAUUUGAUACACAAACACAAUUUUUUCAAACAAAAAGGCACAAAUCAUCAUGAGCAUUUUGAAAGGAACAAAAAGGUUUAUGGUCGUGGCAAUAUUUAUAGCAUGUGUGUUCCUAAGCAACAUGAACGUAGCAGUUGCAAAAGACAUUGGCUAUCCAGGAAUAGGACGAGGCGAUCGCCAACCAGGAUGUGAUCAUGGCAAUUGUCCACCCGACCAACCGGCGAAUCCGUACCAUCGGGGUUGUGAAAUAGCAAAAAGAUGUCGUGGUCCAUCUCCACCAGUUCCUUCUCAAAAGAUGAUAUAAUAGAAAGAAAGAAAAAAAAAACAAGGUCAAUUUGAAAUAUAAUGUAAUUUAACCAAGUUCCAUGAAUAAAAACUAUGGUUUGCUUUUGUUUGAUCCAAACUAUUCCCUUUCUAUUUCCUAAAUCAUACAAACAAUUUCAAUUUACUGUUAGAUGGGCUUCACAAACACUAAUGACCUAAUAAUGUCUGAAUCUGGUUAUUGAAAAUAGGUUCAAAACGUUAACCUUGUUGUACAAUGUUUGUAUCUGAAAUACAAGUAUAUUUCUAUAUGUAUAUGUUUAAAUGUCACAUAAAGUAGAGUAAUAACAAGAAAGAUAGUUGAUGUUGAUACUUCUAUAUACUCAUUACAGUUGUAGUAUCAAGAAAAAAACAUUCUUUAACGAGGAUCUUGAUCGGUGAUCGAUACAUCAUUGAUAGAACCGGGAAUAGACCUGCUUGUGGACUAUUCAUUCAUGCUUGAGAGGCAAAAUCCGGGUGCUCGAGGCAUAGGUAAAGUGUAUGUGUUACUAGUUAGCAUCAUGACGAUUGCUGGCAACAUUGGUCGAUCUGCAGGAUCUUCUUGAACACAUAAAAGUGCGAUAUGGAUGCAUCUGAUAACCGCCUCAUUACUCGGAGAACUCUCUCCUAUUAUCAGAUCCAUGAGCUUUGAUUGUGACCCUGUUCUCCAAAGCUUCCAAGCCUAACAAAAGUGAUCAAAUAAAUUAUUAUCCUUUGGCUUAAUCAUAUACACUCAUGUAACUCGAAAGAUCAUAUACUCACAUGUAUGACCAAGUUACCAGGAGAAUCAUCGAUUUGGUAGAAGCUGCUAUUUGUUUUGCCACUUAUAAUCUCUAGAAUCAUUACUCCAAAGCUAUAGACAUCAGAUUUCAUGGAGAAAUGGCCGCGCAUUGCAUAUUCUGGAGACAUGUAUCCACUGCAAAAUAGAAUGUCUUUUUAGCAUACAAGCAACCAACCAUCAGAGUUUUUUUUAGUCAAUAUAAGAUAGAUAAUUUACUAUGUUCCAACAAUUCUUCUUGUGUUGGCUUGACUUUGAUCAACUCCAAAAAUCCUUGCCAUAGCCAAAAUCUGCAAUUUUGGGGUUCAUAUCGGCAUCUAAGAGAAUGUUACUUGCUUUGAGGUCACGGUGUAUGAUUGUAAGCCGUGAAUCAUGAUGAAGAUACAUAAUUCCUCGAGCAAUCCCUGCAAUAAUGUUGUACCGUCUUCUCCAGUUCAAUUGGCCUUGCUUUGCAGGG